UGGUGAAGUUGUUUCGAAGCUUUUUUCUGACCUUUCAGUUCUUGAAUGCAAAAGUUUGAACGAAAAACACUAGUUUACCGCCUCAAUUAAACUUUAUUCUCUCGUGAGUUUUGGUCUAUCACAAGGAGGAAUCAUUUUUCUACUCAGACAAUCUUGCAUUCCUAAGUUUUAGCCGUGAGUUUAGUCAUGGAGAGCGCUCUGCAAGCCAGGGAUCGCAUUGGAGUUCAAGAUUUCGUUCUUCUUGAGGACUUUAAAAGCGAAGACGCCUUCUUAGAUAACUUGAGGAAGCGCUACAAAUCUGGCUUGAUUUAUGUGAGUAUAGAAAGACGUGAAAAUUUGCUUAAUUAUACGAAAGUAUGAUUUGAUUUGCGAGGUGCUCAUUUGCAGCGCGCUAGCCAUUCAACCCUUCAUUCCAGAGCUGAACUUGAUAGCUCAACACGAUUUUUUUUGUCCCUAAGUGCCAUUAUAAUCUGUAUUUGGAACCCUAUUUUAGUUUCAGUACCAAAGUGUUGCUCUAACUGUAAAUACUCAGCUGUUUUCGCUAACUUUACAAUUGACAAAGCUUCCACGAUAAUUCAGCAGAAACUGAUUACCUGAACACAUAGUGAUAGUUUUUGUGUAUUAUUGCUUUGUGUCAGUGUUAUAAUUAGAAGCAUUUUAUUUUCUUCAACAGACCUACAUCGGAACAGUGGUUGUUUCCGUAAACCCCUACAAGACUCUUCCAAUUUACAAUGAAGAAGCUAUCGAAAAGUACCGAGGGGAAAAUCUUUACGAACUCCCACCCCAUGUGUAAGUUAACUGCAGGACUCAUUUAUGUCAUUUACACCUUAUUAUACAGAAAUCAGAUUAUCAUUUAUGACGAGUAUUUUGGCUUGACAUUAAUUGGUUAUUCAUCGAAUUGCUGAAGCAAUUUCAUCGAGCGAUCGCACAAUGGUUUUAAUCGCAUCGUAAAUUAAAUCUAAUUUUUUUAAAAUUUAAAAUGCAUGUAAUAUUAAAGGAGUAAAACAUACUGAAAUUCAUAAAAUGAAAUUUUAAAGCUCAAAACUUUGUACUUUCUCUUAGCAAGUAGCUCAUAGCUAUUGAAUUACCUUAUAACAAUAUUUGUUUUGAUUGAUAUUAAUAUUGUCCAAAGUAUAUGCAUUUGAAUUUAACAGGUGAAGAAUUUGAAAUAUUUUUAAUUUGUUUAAAAAUUAAUGACAGUCACCUUUGCACUGUGAUAAAAUUUGCUUUUUUCAACAGUUAAUUAUGGUAUCUGAAGACUUAAAUCUUUUUCAGUUGGUUCAAUUUCCUCAUUUAUUAGCUCUUUACAAUUUGAAUGAUACCAUUUAAACACUGAUAAUCCCAACCCCUAUUUAAAUCUUAAAGUUUUGUUAGGUCCUGCAUUCUGACAUGCCUAAUUCUCCCUCUUCUGCUUGAUCAAAAACUGAUAAAUGGUAUUUUAUUGUUGGUCAUUUUAGGUAGAUAGAUUUGUAUUACAAAAUAUGCUUCUAUUUUUAUUAAAUUUUGUAGGUUUUCAAUCACAACAAUGAAUUGAUAUGCAAGAUUCAUAAAAUGUUGAUUACAACUCAGAUAAAAAAUAAUGAGUUGCAAUCUGGCCUUUGAUGGGUGACCAGUGAGUAAUUUCUUCUUACAGUGUGAUACAUUAUCAUCCAGAAAGGUGAUGAGCAGAGAGAAAUUUAUCAACAAGGGGAUAUUGAUUGAUUUAAUCCUAAACGGUCAGAACUAAACCUAUAAGGAAAACAUCAGGAGUUAGGAAUUGAUACUAACACCUUGAGAGUGAAAGGUGUUAUAAAGACUCCUUCUUAAACUGAUUACUCAAAUUUUUUUGACACCCCUGAGGUGUACAACAUGUUAUGUAAACAGCUGUCAUGUAAUGGCCAAAGUAGUGCAGACAACUACAUGGUGAAGCAAGGGGGGAAACAGUCUUGUUGCAGUUUGGACAUGACUUUAAAGGAAAGUAAAGGGUGCAUUAACCAAGUAGGGGACUUAUGUCCUAUUGUUAUACACCUGUACUUGUACUUGUACUUGUACAAAUCCAUUAAAUAAAUAAAUAAAUAAAUAAAUAAAAAAGAAAGCUGUACUUGUCUGACAUUUCCUCACUAAUGUAAAAUUAGAAAAAGAAUAUCAGCAAAGCCUGUCUUUCUCUCCAGACUGGAUAAGACAAAAGAAACUCAUGAGUAGGGUAAUAGGUCAUGUAGCCUCAUUGCACUGUUGUGCUAUGUCACAUUCCCAGCAAGCCAUGUGACAAGGCAUACUACAUGCUUCUCAAGUUGUGUUAUAUUGACUGAAGUUGUUGAUUACCUAUCUUUAUUUACUAUGGUGGUGUUAGCUUAUAAAUAUUCAUUUUAAUUGGUAACAAAGUUAAAGAAGAAUUUCUUGAAUUCAUUGGCUAACCUUAAUUUUUGGCUCUUAAAGAAGCCAUUUGUUAUAAGUUUGGUGAUCAAUUAGAUGAAGUGUUAUUCAUGAGGAUGAAAAACAUAACAUGGUGUCAAAAUUGCGGAUAAAUUGAAUUUUCUCGACGGUGGAACACAUGCUCCAUCUCAAAAAUUUUUCAUUUCAGUUAGUGCCAUGUCCAACAAGAUUCUUAGAGGAAACUUUUGAUUAAUUUUUCUUUAGGAUGGACACAAAAAAGCUAUGUAACACUUACUAUAGCAUUGAUUAAGUUAUAAUGUUGGGAGCAUGGAGAGAUCAAGUUUAUUUAUUGCUCUGAUAAAUUUAAAACAAAUAAAAUACUACUUGAUGUUACUGGUAAUAAUGCGUUGAUUUUUAUUUUUUGCCAAAGGUAUUUGACCACAUGUGAGGUCAGGUUCACUCUGCUAGGAGGAAACUUGACUUGAAGCAUAAGUGCAAUAUAGGGGCUGACAUGAGCUGCUUUUUGGGCAUGUUUCUCCUCAGACUUUAAUCAUCUACAAUGAGUUACCCUGAUUUACUCGCAAAUAUUAAAAGAAUAAGAGAACCUUUAUUUUAAGAGAGGACGGGUAGAAAUUCUUAAGCUAAAUGUGUACUCAUGCAAAGCCAUCAGCCAGAUUAUUGAUGCUCUUUGACUAUGGCUUUUGUUUUAAGGCAGUGUCUCAGAGUUCUACCAGUCGUGGUAAAUAGAAAGCAAGGAAGUGUCUUAAUUGUUUGCUAUCACAAAUGCACGGGCCAGUCUAAGGGAGGCUCAAUAAUGUGAUAUUUUUCUGGGACUAGAAAAGGAGAUAAGACAUGAGUUGUGUUUGAUCAAGGGCUAGAGUGAGUGCAGUUGUUCUUGAAUAGAGCAUUCAGUGUUGUUCCUUUGUGUAGGAGGGCACUGUAAAUUCCAAGGCUUUUGUUCUCUUGUUGCUUAGCAAUAAAGGUAUUAUACUUGAAUGAUAAGAGGUCAAUUUAGAGACACUUGCAUGAUUUAUUUGGAAGCAAUUUUAAGUGUUCCUUUUAUAUAAACAAGAUAUUCCAAAAAUAGUAAAAAAAACUUUUCUGGCCUUUGGAGUGUUUAAAAUAAACUAAACUACACCUUUCUGUUACACAAGCUUUUCUUUUUCAUGAGCAUAUUGAAUUAUGUGGCUGCAUAAAUUUUAAGCUUGAAAGGUUUUGUUGCCAUCGUGACACAGCAACUCUUACCAAUAAUUAAUCAACGAUAUUGCUUGAGUGUGAAAUUAAAAAAUGCCUAUGUGCAAUUUGCAUGUAAUUUGGUCGGUGGAUUCCUAGAUAUACAGACAGGUGCAGAUGGAGUUAUUUUAAAAUCUUUCACUAGAUUUAAUCAAUCUUAAGGCUUUUUAUAAUCAAAUUGAGUACCUUGGAGAAAUGUUAUGAUUUUUUGGUUGUUUCCAAAAUCCAGGUGAAAUUCCAACCCUAUAUAGGUGAUGCAGUUAAAUGCGCUCCUUUCAUAUGUCUCAACCAAAUGUCCAAAUUUCUUCAAGUAAUAUUGUGUUAAGUUCUUUUCUUUUGCUUUCCACAUACUAAAAUAUUAAUGAAGUCAAGGCUCAAAUCUGGUGGGUCAACGUCGUCUUGUUCAUCAUAACAUUCCAAAACCCAGCAGAUUGUUGAUAAAGUUGGAGUCAGCUGUGUGGAUGAGCCUUCUUGAAGUUUUCCUUUUGUUCUCUUUAAGGUUGCUUUGUCAUCUCUUAUUAAGCUUGCUGGGGUACUUUGUUGCCCUCUUUGAAAGUCUGCCUUCUCUCUUUGCCUUUUAGAUUCUGAUUUAAAUUCUUUGAGAUUAUAGGAGAUCUCACUUAAAGCCUCUGUCAUGGCGAGAUCAAACCUGACUUUUUUCUUGAUCUGCUGACUUUUUAGUUGGUUAAAGUUUCUAUUCAUAGUUGAUAACAUUUACAGCAUCUGAGCAAACAUGUAAGCUAUUGGUCUCCAAACAUGUAAAAACUGACCUCCUGGAAGAAAUAUUUAUAUACUAACCUGUAUGACAAUGAGCACUUAAUUCUUGUAAUUUAUUUCAAGAACCAAUGACAUCCAUUCUUCUUUUUUAUUCACAUAGCCGUGACUUUGUGGGCGUUGCAAGAGAUUAAUAAAUGUUUAUUGUUAUUGAUCACCUCUUGGCUGAGUGCAUUACUGAUUCACUGCCAUGCCAAGUUUUAGAAUUAUAUGCCUAGUCUAAAACCAAACUAUUACCACUAGUUGUUGCUAACCCUAAGCAACACUUUAACCCUGAAGAGUGACUAGCAUCUAAUUUCUCCAAAUAAUAUCACUGCCGAAUCACAUAUAAAGGUCACAAGAGUAAAGGAAAUGAUAACCAACUAAAGAAGCUCCUGAUUGUUAAAUAAAUUAUCCUUGUCAGCACCCUAGGAAAUGUAUAGAGAACAGUGUGUAGAAUAUUUGUACUGGAUGUAAAGGUUAUCAAAUAACAAUAAUCAACUUUCCAAGAGUGCCUUGAAGGUGGUCCUUAAACAUUUUGAAGGGCACAUGAAGUGAUAGAAGCCUUCUUUUGUUUCAAAAGAAUAUUUCUACAGUUGAAAUCAAGGAUUUCCAAUUUUAAAUGGCAUUGGAAACCCUUUCACUUGCAAGUCUCCACACUGUUUACCAUGCAUUUCUUAAAAUGUUAUCUUGAACAAUGUGGGCAGUGGUAAAUGCAGCAAUUGAUAAAUUUUUUUGCUCAUCACCUUCCUGUUCGAAGAUCUAUUUAAUAUACUGUUGGGAACAAAUGUCAUUUGAUCAUUCCUAGCAAUAAAAGGAUUAGUCCUGAGAGUUGUGCCAGUAAUGUUCUUGAGUAGACAUGCUUCCAAUUACCAAAAGUGGCUGGAAGAUGUAAAUACAAUGGCCCACUGGUCUUGAAGACCUAGCAUGUAUUAUGUUCUAACAGUUUGUAACAAUGUUUAUUAGCUAUGCCAUCUCAGAUUCUGCUUACCGUUCUAUGAAAGAAGAGAGAGUUGAUCAAUGUGUUUUGAUUUCUGGAGAGAGUGGAUCUGGAAAGACAGGUAAAUUGCCCACUUUGAUUUUAUCCAUGAACAGUGUCAAACUUUUCUUAAUCAAGUUGGUCAAGUUGAGAGGUGAUAGAAAUUACAAAUAAACAUGCAGCUGAUAGUUUUUAUGAUCUUUAAAUGUACUUUGUCAUCUCAAGGACUCUUAUUUCUCUUAAAAAUGGGUGGUACAAGGUUGGAGGUGAGAAUCCUUUACUUGCCAGUAUCUGAUCUCUGCAUCUUUGACACCAGUGUCUAAAAUCAGACACCAGUGACUAAGGUAGGACAUUAGUAUCUAAGAUUGAACGCUAGUGUCUUAAACUGGAUAUUCCUGUCUAAAAUCAGAUCCUAGUGUCCAAAAAUGGAUACUAGUGUCUUAAAUUGGACACCAGUGUCUAAAAUGAUUUUGAUUAAAAGGGCCAUAUUCACUUUAUGCCCUCUCAUCUUUUCUACCCUUGCUGUACCUGCCUCCAAGGCAUUUCAGGUUCCCAAACCCAUCCCCCUUUAAUACAUAUUUUAUUGCGAUUGUCUGUCCUUGUAAAAUUGCAAUCCUUUUAAGAGUGAGGAUACCUCAAGGUUUCAUAAGGACAGUUUCUCCACUAGAUAUUACACCUUUACCUCAUUGAAAUGUGUUUUGUUUACAUUGAUUAAUUAGAGGCAUCCAAAAAGAUCUUGGAGUAUUUAACAGCAAUAAGCACCCACUCAGUUGAUGUGGAGCGAAUUAAAGAUAGGCUUCUGGAGAGCAACCCUGUUUUGGAGGUAUUGUAGAGAAAAUUCAGUCAUCUCAAGGCAUUAUGAAUAUCAAAGAAAAUUCCUCUUGGGUGAAUUAAACUUUGAGAUAACAGUGUGAUAAGAUAAAGUAGAACAGUAAUGAGGAUGGUUUGGGCUUAUGAAAGGGGCCAAUCUGUGAUCCUGCCACGAGAGAGUGUGGGAUAUUUCUGGUAAUGCUGCUUCACCUGGAUUAACCAUCUCACCCCUAAGAAUUACUAACAUUUAACUAAAUAAAUAAUUCCCUGAAUCACACAUGAAGGUCACAAGAAUUAAGGAAAUGAUCACCAACUAAAGAAUAUCUUGAUUGUUAAACAAAUUCUCCUUAUCAGCACCUUAAGAAGUGUAUGAUGAACAGUAUGGAGAAUAUGCAUAUUGAUGUUAGGGAGUAAAGGAUUAAGUGAAUGGUUGUCAUGAGAGCCACUUGUUAUGAAUAGUAGGGAUAAAUGAAUGUGUAUGUGAUUUUAAAUUAGCUGGAUUUCACACAAAAAAGCUGCCGUCUUAAAAUCACAACAGAGAAACAAAUGCAAUGUGCAAUGAGGUUAACCAAUUGAACAGAAAGUUUUAGCAAUGUGCACAAAUGAGGCAUGCCCACUUUGGGUCUCUGACAAUAUAGCUUUGCUUGACUUAUGUUUUUGAGAAGAAAUUACUCUAUCAUGCCUUAAAGUUGACCUCAUGCUAAUGGUAUAUGUUGUUUUUCUUCAAGUUAUUGUUAUCACUGGGCUGACAUUAAGAUUUGAAAAAAUUGUGAGAAAUUUUGUGUGUCUUGUUUCUUCUUCCCCUUCAAUUUUAAAUUAAAGAUUUACAGUUUCAUUUUUUCUUUCUAGGCUUUUGGCAAUGCAAGGACAAACCGUAAUGACAACUCAAGUCGAUUUGGCAAGUACAUGGAUAUUCAGUUUGAUUUCAAGGUGAGGAACAAAGAUUAUUGAAUAAGGGAGAUCUGGUGGCCUAACAAUAGGUGCAUAUUAUAGUAAUUGUAUUCAUUGCAGAGUGUGUACAAUUAUUAAAAGUGUUACUGGUAUUAAUUUUCAAUCUUUACUUUUUUUUACAGAAUAAUGUGGCUCUAAAUGCUCUUAGCAACUGAUUCAUGUGCUCUAUUUUCCCUAGGGUUCUCCAGUUGGUGGACAUAUCAUAAACUACUUGUUGGAAAAAUCCAGAGUUGUCCAUCAGGCAAAAGGUUUGUUGAGGUUUAAUCCUAAACUUAUUUUAAAAUGUUUAUAUUAAUUAAGUUUUAUAGAUCAGUUUUUUACUCAGUGUGGAAGGUGUGGUGACCCAGUGUUUAUCUCAGUAGACUUGGGAUCCCAUGGGUCAGGUUUGAGCCCUUGCACUGAUUUGUGAUGGAUUUGUGUUCUUGGGUGAUGAACUGUGUUUAUCUCCCCAACCAACUGAAAUCCUCUCGAGUACACUGUCUAGUUAAGUCCAAAGAAAUCUUUCAAAAACCCUAUUGCCCUAUAUAAACUAUGAUAUGACUUAACCCUUAAACCCCCAAGAGUGACUAGCAUCUAAUUUCUCCUUACAAUAUCACCCUUGAAUCAAGCACUAAGGUCACAAGACUAGAGGAAAUGAUCACCAACUAAAGCAGAUUUGAUUGUUAAAUAAAUUCUCCACUGUCAGCACCUUAGGAAAUAUACAGAGAACAGUAUGGAGAAUAUGCAUACUGAUGUUAGUGUAUAAGGGGUUUAUGUUGUCAAGGCAGAGGGUUUAAACCUGUAAUGGACUGGUAUUGUGGGUUAGACUUCUAUAACUACUUAACAAAUAGAUUCCAAGUUGCUGUGUGUCUGUUCAGUAAUAGAUCACAGAGGACGUCAAAAUGUGGUAAGAACAAAAAAGUGGCACACAAGGCACAGCCGAGUGUUUCACUGAUGUUCUUACCACAUUUUGAUGUCCUCUGUGAUCUAUUACUGAACAGACACACGGCAACUGGGAAUCUAUUUGUUUUAUAAUAAAGAAUUAAAAAAUGUUUCAAUGAUGACAUCAUCUAUACAUCUGUCCUCCAAUAGAUCAUAAGUGAGAAACAAUCAGAAUGUGUGCACAACUGAGCUUAUUAUAUAAUACAUGCUUGACACUAUCACAGCUAUGAUAAACUCCUGUAGUAUGGGUAACUUGGUUCAUAUGAUGACAUUAAUGAGUUAUCCUUUUUUUAGGUGAAAGGAAUUUCCACAUCUUUUACCAGUUAUUGCGUGGUGGUGGUGAACAGUUACUUGAGAACCUUGAAUUAGAAUGGGAAAGUUCACAAUAUUUUUAUCUUAACCAGGUAUUUUACCAGCAGUUUACUUAAACUUAACAUUUGUAUGAUUUAUUCAUGAUUUGCAGGUUCUGUUCCAACAGGACCUGUGCAUGAUAGUUUGUCAUAUAGGUGUGAUUUCUCAUACUGCAAACCUUGAAAUUUAUUGUUUCAAUCACACAAUGUCUGUAACAUAAUGUCCAAAUUUUCUAUUGUUCAUUUGAACCAUUUAAAAAUUAGAUUCCUACAACUCUGUACAUUUUCACUUUUUCAGGGUGGUGACCCUCAUGUUGAAACACUGAAUGACGCUGCAGACUUCAACCAUGUAAAGAAGGCUUUGUCUGUAAUUGAAUUUUCUGCAGAAGAGCAGAAUGCUCUGUUUGCCAUCAUAGCCUCAGUCCUCCACCUGGGAACUGUUGGGUUUUUGAAACCAGAAGUUGAACAUGGUGAAGUUAGACUUGAGAAUGGGAGGCCAGUCAAUAUUAUUUCAAAGGUGCAUUACAUUUUUAAAUUAUUGCUGUAGGAGAUAUGUCACCUUAAGUGUUAGCACCCUGGGCUAGACAUAAAAAAGUGAGGGUUUGAGAGGCUAGAGUUCAAAGGUUAGAGUUUGAACUGUGGCUUGAUCAAUGUGGUAAACCAUACUUAACUUUUCACAAUGCCACACUCCAUACUUGAAAUGGGUCUUAAAUAUUGAGGAACCGACAAUGGUUUUAAAUGAGAUGGUUUAAACCAGGUUUAACAACACAACAAAUACAUUAAUUACAACAUGGCGGCUCUCCCAGUUGGGCUGCCUUUCAAUGCGUAUGCGUGUAAGACAACCGCUGGCCAAAUACAUCAUGGUGGGUACUAGUUAACUCAUAUUCACUAGCAGGAGAAGUGGAAAAAUUACUGGGGGUUCCAUUUAUGGACUAGCAACCUGUUCAUGAAGACAAGCUGUAUACCUUAUCACCACAGUGCAAACUAUGUUAAACAGUAUAUUAAGCUCUACCUGCAAUGUGUACUAGGCUUGUAAGAUAAAACCUAAUCAAACUAUUGCUAAUUUCAAGCUGAUAUUUAGCUUCUUACCAAAAUUAGACCAAGGUGUCAAAAAUACAGAGGAUGAUGACCAUGAGAGUGGUAGUGAUUGUAACACUGCCUAGUGCAUUGAAUGCUAAGAAGCAUAUUGUAUUUGUGAAAUAACAUCCUGAUGUUUCUCAAAAGUGGUUUGGAAAUUCAGCAUUUAAUUAGUAUACAAGACGUGUGUUUAAUCAAUCUAUAGCUUGAAUUUAUUCAAUUUUCAGCUUUUGGGCUGCCCAGAAGAGGUCCUAGAGAAAGCACUCACCAGCCGUACGCUUGAGACUAAAGGAGAGAAGGUAUUGGAGAACACUGUAUUAUACAAAAAUAAAUCAAAUUCAGCUGAUUUGUGUAUUUUACAGUUUGUUGUCGCUAACUAAACAGUGAAAUGGCUUCCUACAAAAUUGUGUGACAACUCGUGCUAUUGACUUUAAUUAUUCCUAAUAAAAGAAUAUUUUGCCCUUUAUAUUAUAUAGAGAUGCUUUUUUCCUCAUAAAACAAAGUAUUAGUAACACUUGUUUUUGCAGAAGGUUUUUUAAUUGCUGAAAUUGCCCUUGGGCAAUUUCUGCAGAAAACAUACAUAAUUACAUUAAACCUUAAUUUUACUCUGCCCCAUGCUAUUACCUAAUAUAUUAAUUUGAACUCUGCCAUCCACCUGCCUCCUGAUGAUAACUCUAAGGAACAUCAUAAUACAAUAUAUUCAUUUUUUCAUGAAUUGUUAUUAAUUUAGGUUAGAACACCAUUGACCAUUGAGCAGGCAGUCUAUGCUCGUGAUGCAUUGGCAAAGGCUGUGUAUGACAGAAUGUUUACCUGGCUUGUUGGCCGAAUUAAUACUUCUCUUGAGAACAAGGUAUAGCCAAGAGGACCUUUAAGUGAUGUGUGUGUUGUUAAUAAACAGCUUUUCUAGUUUACUUCUUGACCUACAAAAAUUGGAAACUCACAGGAUUUGAAAGCUUCUCCUAGUUGGCUGGUGACUGCUUUUAGUUAUGUACCCUAUAUUCAUUAAACAUAAUUCAAUAUGACUGUUUAUUUUGUUCUUUGCAAAAUUUUCAAUCUGAGCUAUUGAUAUUAGAAAUUUGAUAGAUUGACUUUACCAUUUCAGUCGUAUCGAGGAAAAAAGACACUCAUGGGUCUUUUGGAUAUCUAUGGCUUUGAAAUUUUUGAGUCAAACAGGUACAAAGAUGAUUUUUGCUUUACUUUUCUGCAAGUGUCCCUUGUUUUGAGACUUUGCCUUUGAAACAAUGAGGUUUAAUUUUUUUACAUUUUUCUUUGCUUUUUUCUUUUCUUUCCUUCAAGCUUUGAACAGUUUUGUAUUAAUUAUUGCAAUGAGAAGCUUCAGCAGCUUUUUAUUGAGCUGACACUAAAUGAAGAACAGGAAGAAUACAGGAAAGAAGGAAUCAAGGUAAAUCUUGCCCCUCUAGAGUUUGAACUGAAUAUUACUCCUCUAUACCUCUAACAUCAGUAUGUGUAUUCUCCAUACUGUUCGAUAUACAUUUCCUUAGGUGCUGAUAAGGAGAAUUUGUUUAACAAUCAAGACCUGGUUUAUUUAGUGAUCAUUUCCUCUAUUCUUGUGUCCUUUAGUUAAUGUUUGAUUCGGAGGUGAUAUUGUAAAGAGAAAGUAAAUGCUAUUCACUCCAAAGGUUCAAGGGUUAAAGAAGCUCUAUCACAGAAAGUGAGAGCAAGUUUAAAACUACUAUUUGUUCAAAACUUUCCAUGACCAUGGAUAUAUUUUGAUAUUUGUUUUUAUUCAGCUAUACACAGUGAGGCUUCUCACUUAAUUCAAUAUCCAUCUUGGAAUAGAGUAGCAUUGCCAAUUAGAUUGGGGCUUAUAAAACACUUGUAGAUUUGUGCUUAAUGGCAAUGGCAUGCUGGAUGCUGCAAUUACCAGUUGUAAAGAGGGUUUUACCAAUAUUUUGAUGAAGAAUUAUUUUAUUUCUAGAGGUAAAUGUUUUACUCUAUUUUUUUGAUUUUAGUGGGAAAAGGUUGAAUUCUUUGACAACAAGAUUAUUUGUGAUCUUAUAGAAGCAAGACAUCAAGGUGUCAUUGCAUUGCUGGUAAAGUUACAAUCUGUGUUAUUUUACUCAAAAUAAAUAGUGCACAACUUAUGAUCUGUAGGCUCUGUAAGGGCCUCUAUCCAUAGUCAAUGAAAUCAGAGCGACUCCUGCAAGGAUGUUACUGGUAAACUGUAUAGCUGACUUUUGUGUAAGGCUGACUUAACUUUGCUUUUAUGAAAGCUUUUCAGAGACCAAAGUGCUUUAGUUGAUUGUUCUAGGAAAAUUUAGCUUUGAGAUGUUGACUUAUCAAAUAUUACAAGUAACAUCUUAUUCUUAUUAUGCAAUAUUUUACUUCCAGCUUUGAUAGAGAUGUUUUUGUUACUGACAGUUAUAACUCUUGUGUUUUUCGUCUGGCCCAGUGUUCUUAUCAAGUACAUUUACCAGAGAGGAAUGCUCUUAUCUUUAAUGAGAGACAUUUGUUUUGUUACUCUGCUUAGUGGUGUUGUUGAACAUGUGGAGCAUCACUGAUUCUUUUAAUCAACUACCCCUGUUUUUGAAAAAGGAGGAAGUAGGAAUUCUGAUAAUGUUUUGAUGGACUAUAAGGGAGAGAUGUCAUAAUAAUAGGAACACUAAUCAGAGACUGUGAUGCAAGUUUGCUGUUAAGGCAAAGUAUCCAUUGCAGAUCUUUGUUAAAAAAAUUGAUUUUGAUUUAUGUUCAAAGGAUGAGGAAUGCUUGAGACCUGGAGAAGCCUCAGAUUUGACAUUCCUUGACAAGAUGGAGAAGACCAUAGGAAAACAUGCUCACUUUGUCAGGUAAGAUUGAUAAUUUAUUAGUUAAUGCAAGCUUAAUACUCAGCAUCCGUCAAUCUUUUAAAAACAUUACAUUAACAAUGAGGGUGCUCAACCCUUAACACCCUAGUAUCAAUGUUCAUAUUCUCCUCACUAAUCUCUUUACAUAUCUUAUGGCACUGAAAUGAAGAAUUUUUUGACAAGAGGAACUUCUUGAAUUGGUGAUCAUUUCCUAUAUUCUUAUUACUUUUAUAUUUGAUUGAAGCAUGGUACUAUAAGAGAAAUUAUAACCCAGACACUCUAGGGAGGUAAAGGGUUAAGGGAGAAUUGGCAGUAAAGGAGCUUGUAUUUUUUUUUCAGCCAUGCAACCUCAGGGUAUAAUGAGAGGAAAACUAUUGAAAGAGGGGUAAGUGUUUAAUGGUUUUGCCUCAGGACACUUUCCCGUUUAUGUUUGUGGAACACAUUGAAUGCAAGUAAUUCUGGAACUAACUAUAAUUAUGAUGGCUUAAAAUGUUAAUUUUCUUUCAGGAAUUUAGAUUGAAGCACUAUGCGGGAGAUGUCACAUAUUGUGUCAAUGGUAAUCCAAUAAUAUGGUUGUCUUUGAGAAAAGUCUUUGUUGAGUGUUGCAACUUGUUUUUGUUGUGGCAUAUACUUUGUACAGGAGAUAUUAAUCUAAAUAUUUUCCAUGCAGGUUUCAUGGACAAGAACAAUGAUCUUCUGUUCCGGGAUUUGAAGGAAGUAAGUGUUAAUGGAGUUCAUGUUUCAUUUUUUCUGCUGCAUGCUGUUGUUGAUAUUCCUUGGAGUUCUGCAGGCUACACUUUGUGUUUUACAUGUAAAUAAUGAAUUAGUUAGAGUGGUGUUUCUUCAUGGGUGAAAAUGAUAGAGCUUCAAACAACUUUUAAAUUAAAGAUCUCCACAAGCUCACUUAGUUACUCUUUUGUGAAGGAGAUUACUGGCCUAACCCUGUGACCCCUAAGAGUGACCAUCACCUAAUUUCUCCUCACAAUAUCACCCCAGAAUCACACAUUAAGGUCAGAAGAAUUAAAGAAUUGAUCAUCAACUAGAGAAGCUUUUGAUUGUUAAACAUAUUCUCCUUGUCAGCUCUUUAGGAAAUGUAUAGAGAACAGUAUGGAGAAUAUGCACACUGAUGUUAGGAUGUAAAGGGUUAGGGUUUAUCAGCAAUCUUCACUCAUUGGUCUUCAUGGAACAUCCAUUAACUCUGGUUUUAAAAAAAACACACUCACACACUGGUCAUAAUUAAUUUGAAACCUGAAUAUUUCUUAAUGCCCUCUUUUGUGAAACUAAGAUUAAACUAUUAUUUUUUAUAACUUCCAAGGCAAUGUGCAGCAGUACCAACUGCAUCACAUCAAAGGUGUUCCCCAAGAAAGAAAUGGAGUCACUCAAAAGACCAGAAACAGUGAGGAGCAAGGACUUACAAUAAUUUGCUAGUAAUUUAUAGAAUUUUGGGGUGCAGGGGUGUGUUUGGUGUCAUAAAAUAAUGUGUAGAAUGGUUAGAGGCUACAAAAAGCUUACACUUAGUUACAAUUUAUUUUAAAUGGAGUGGAGCAGUUGCUAGGAAUGACUAAAACUGCCUGUGAAAUCAUGAAUUUCCAAGCUCUCCUCCCUACUGAUGUUUCAGAGAAAAUGUAAACUCUGUUUCUUCUGUUUUGCCACUUAAUAGGCAGGAACUCAGUUCAAGACAAGUUUAAACAAUCUGAUGACAAUCUUGAUGAGUAAACAGCCAUCAUAUGUCAGAUGCAUCAAACCAAAUGACUCAAAGAAAGCAGGUGCAGUGAAAAACCUCUCUACACUCAAUUGCAAAAAUGUUGACACCUAGUAGACAGAAACAAUACGGAAGGAACCUGGGCAGCAUUCCUUUAAUAAUUAACACAAUCAAUAAGUUAUCAUUUUUUUCUCAUUAUUCAUGGAAAAUCUUUAAUUUGACUAAUUUUCUAUAGGAAAAGCUUGGAUAGCUUUCAUUAUUCAUCAUGUAUCAUGGACACAAAUACCCCAUGAAGUGUUUACUACAUGCUCAGAAAUAUGAGACGUUGAAUGUAGGCCCUAGCUGUUUGCUUAGUAUCUGUCAUAUGGGAAAAAAAUGCACUUAUCAAUGUCAUCAAGUAUAAUCAUCUGUUGUUUUGUCACCCUCUAAACUUUGAAUAUCAGUUGCUUCAAAUAUUCAGCUUUUUGCUUGUAUUUUGUACAGGUGUCUUUCAAGAUGAUCUUGUGCUACAUCAGGUAAAAUACCUGGGUCUGAUGGAGAACUUGAGAGUGAGAAGGGCAGGUUUUGCUUACCGCAGACCUUUCCCAUUCUUCUUACAAAGGUAAAUGACUUAAAGGUUAUAUAAUCACCUUAAGAACAGUGGGACCUUUACUUAUUCUUACCACUCUAUAUCCUUCUUUUAUUCUGGCAGGUGGUUUAUACAUUCACUCUUAUUUUAGCCUCUCGACAGCAGCCACCUCACUGCAAUAAUAGAGGCCACAAAUUCAUGUUUUAUUAAUGAGGAAAUGCUUUUGAGCAAUCUCAAGCCCCUUUAAAAAAAUUAACAAGGCCUCAUAUGGAAAUUUUAGGUUGAAAACAAAUUUCUCUAUAAUUAUAGAUACAAAUGUCUGUGCCCAGAUACUUGGCCAGUGUGGUAUGGUAAGUUGAUUGUUGUUGUGUUUUGUUGUUCAAAUGUAGUUUAAUUUACAAAAGGAAAGCCUAUAAAGUUGUGGUUGUGGUUGGUGUAUAUAAAUUACAAAUAUCGACUGUAUAAAUGUUCUUACCAGAUGAUCCAGGUGAGGGUGUCAAGAAAAUCUGUGAGCAUCUAAACUAUAAACCUGAUGAAUACAGGAUUGGCAAGUAAGUCUAAAAUAAUGUAAAUAGUUAUCAUCAUUUUUAUGGAUAACUCCUGUAUGAAAGAGUCAGUGAUGUUUAUCUUCCCCUUUGGGAUACAAGUCUUUGAUUUUGGUCUUGCCCAGAUUGUUAAGUUCAAAUGUAAGCAUUUCUUUUUUUUUUAUAUGAAAAAGGCAGCUUUACCAUGCAGCACAAAGAAAUGGAAGAAAGGCAUUUUCAUAAUACAUGAUGGUCUAUGCCACUUAGAAAAGAGAAUUGAUAUCUUUAGGGAGUUGACUAAGGGCUGGUAAGCUACAUCUUGAUUGGUCUCCUAGGGGUGAGGGGUGGAAGAGAGGAGUUUUCUUCAAAAUUUUCAAGAGGCUGUCAUGUUUCUUACAGAUAGAAUUUCCUUCUCCCCUCUCUGCCUUCUAGGCACCAAGUGUUGAAUGUUUUGUAUUUCUUCAACUAAGUAUUCACAAUUUAUUUGAUAGGUCAAAGAUUUUCAUCAGAUUUCCCCUAACAUUGUUCACCACAGAGGAUGCUUUUCAAGCUAAGAAACCUGCCCUUGGUAUGGUUCUUAAGAUGGCUCUCUUAAUUAGAGAAUUGCUUAAUAUUUAGAAUAAGAGGCCUACCAUGAAUUAUGGAACUUGCAAUUUGUACCUUUAUUCAUUCUGCGUAAGGAGAAUUGUGUUCGACAAAAUUGAACCGUAAAUUUGAUGUGCAUGUGUCAUAAUAUGAAGUGAAUUGGGCUAGGGAGUGUUUUUAUUAAUUCUUGAAUAAUGUGGCUUGUUAAAUACUUGUACUUCUAAUCUAUUUAAUUAAUUGGAAGUUGUGAUCACAAAACCUUGCAAUUUACUUUGACUGUUUUGUAUCUUAAAUUUUCAUUCCUUCUGGUUCCAAUUGCAAUGUUUGUCAUGGUCAUUUAAUCUUUUAUAAGUUAAGUGUAAUGCAUAUAUUAAUUAAGAUAAUGAGAGAAAUUUUAAUCAUAAAACAGCUACAAUCAUCCAAGCUCAGUUCAAGGGCUACAACCAGAGACAAAAAUAUGUUAGGAUGCGGCUGGCUGUCAUCGUCAUUGCAAAACACUGGAGACGAGUUCGUGCCCAAAGGCUGCUUGAACGACGAAGAAAAGCUGCCUAUCGAAUACGCAAGUAGGUGUUGUUAUUUAGCAACAUCUUUCUUUUGGUCUUUUUGGUUGUUCUUAAUAAUUAUAUAUUGAUCACUUUUUUUAAUCUUUUAAAGGUUCAUAAAGGGUUUCAUAACAAGAAACCAGUCUGCAAGUGAAGAAAAUACUGAUGUGAGUAACAAUUUUUAUGUUCUACAUGGUUUAGAUACUUACUUUCCAUGAAUUGUAUUGUUACUGUAACUCCAGAAAAGGGUUUUCCAGUAGUGAAAGGGAAUGGAAGGUUUCAUUGUGGUAGGGAGGGGAUAGCUUCUGAACCUUUUGCUUGGAAGCAUCUUUCUGUAUCAGUAAGCCUUUAACUUAUUCAUGUCUUGACUAAACUUGCAAUUUUUCUUGCUCCACCUUUACACCUUGUCUCAUAAUUAACUUACCAAACAGUUCCUUAAGCACAUGUGUAUUUGGAAAAAAGACAAUCAACUGCACAAUUUUCCACAGGAAACAAAUUACAGGGAUGUUUUCUGUUAAAAAAAGGAGGGAAUUUUACUUAAGUUCCAGUUUUAGUUGGGAAAUGAUUCAAAGGCUAUCAAAGCAGAGCUGUAUAUUAGGAUAAUGAUGCAAAUUUUCACAACACCUCUAAAAUAAGUUGCAUUUUUUCAGUUUAUUGCCUAUGUAAGGAAGUCAUAUCUUCUGUUGCUGGCAAAACGUUUACCCAGUAGUGUCCUGGACAAGAGCUGGCCAAAGCCUCCUGGAUCAAUGGUGGAGGUUAGUUGGAUACAGUAGCUUUUGAGCAGGAGGAAGGCUGAUCUGGGCCCAGUUGUUCAAAGGCUGAUUAUUGCUAAGCCAGGGUUACAUUUAAAUCUGGUUUCUUUAUUUUUUUGUUCAUGAGCCAUUUGCUGAAAAUUUUUCACCAGAUUGUAGACAAAAAAAAUGGUGCUGAAUUUUCAUUUAAAGCUUUCAGAUUAACCCAGCUUUGAAAAACUGGGUCUUGAUGUUAAGGUCAGUGUGCUGCACUGGGGGUUACGAGGUUCAGGUGUAAGACUGGGCUGCAGCUGGGUCCUUGAAUUCUGUCAUUGGGCAAGACACUUUUCUCACAUUGCCUCUUCUCAUCUAGGAGUAUGAAUGUCCAUAAAUGGUGGAAAGGGAGGAGGGGAGUAGCAAUACACCUGAUGCUCCAUGCUAUGGAUGAUGGGAUAAGCACCAGUGCCUUGUUUUCCACUUGGCUUUUGAGUGUAAACUUCAUCCCUUUUCAGUGAUCUUCUUUCCUGAAGUUUGCUCAACUUUCUCAGAAUGUGAGGAUGAUUUCAUUGUUUCUAACAGGUUUCUGAACAACUUCAUAAAAUGCACACUCGUCACCUUGUAAGAAAGUAUGUUCAAGGCAUCACACCAGAGAAGAAAGCCCAGGUCAGUAUUUGGCCCUUCAUUCUUUAUUUUAAUAUGCAUAUCUUCUAUACUAUUCAAUAUACAUUUCCUACAACACUGAUGGGGAGGACUUCAUCACAAUCCAGACUCCCUUUAGCUGGUGAUCAUUUCUUUUAUUCUCAUGACCUUAAUGUUUGAUUCAAGGGGGAUGCUGUAAGGAGAUACUAGAUGCCAGUCACUCUAGAAGAUUAAUGGUCUUACACCCUGUGAUUAUUAUUAUUAAUCUUUGACAACUGAUGGCAAAAACAUGGUUCUUGAAAACAUUCAUUUAAAGACAUUUUUAUCAUGUAAAUUUUUUUGGUAUGUAUGCACAUGUGGUAUUAGCCUACCCAAGCACUAUUCCAUAUUUUAUUCAAGGUAUAAAUAUCUAUAUUCUGUUGCAAGCAUUUCCAGAUACAAUAUUCUCCAAAGUCUUAUAGACAACAUACUGUUAAAAAGAUUUGUUCAAUUAAUUUCCUCCAUGCAGUGAAUCAAUCAGUUACCUUUCUUUCUUCAGCUCAACAUGAAGGUCACAGCCAGUGAAAUGUUUAAAGGAAAGAAGGCCAGUUAUGGAGAGAGUAUACCAAUGCCAUUUGAGCCUCACAGGCUAGGUAUUGCCUUCAGUUAUUUGUUUAUCUGUGUGUUUAUUUGUGUACUGAUGUAAAAUGUACAUUAAUUUGCCAUUCCAAUGCUCAUCAUGGUAGAUUCCAUGGUGUUUCAUGAUGAAAAAAAAUUCAUAUUUGUAAUAUAUCGACCAAGUAAACUUCUAUGUAUUUUAAAUCAGGGUAAUAUCCAUUUCACUCAUUUUAUUUGCUUAAGUAAUAGUCCUGCAAAGCUCUCAGUGCAUAAAAUAAGACAUUGUUAGUUUUUUGUAAGGGUGGAACUACAAAUAAAGUAAGGAAAUUGAAUCCCUGACUAUUGGAUUUUGUGGUUAUUAUGUUUUCACUGUAUCUUGUACAGGUGUUGCUUUGGAAAUGCUGAAGAAGACUGUUGUAACAGACAAACAGAUCAUUCCAUCAUCAGAAACCAUUAGGGUGAGAACCCAUUUAUUACUGUUGACAAUUGACCCUCCUUCCCUAACUUCUUCUUUUACUUCUGGAUGUCUUAUCUUUAUCUGCCCUGUGGAAUAUUCUUUCUGUUUAGAAAUGAAAAGAAUGCUAAGGAUUAUGAAUUUUGUUUAGUUAUGAUCAGUGUAUAGUAGAUUUUAUGACAGAAGAAUGAUUAUUGAGGCAGAUAAUGAUAUUGAUAUUUGAAUAAUCAGCUUCAAAUUUUACUUUACAUAAGAAUGCUUGUGAGUAGCUUCACUUAAACAUGCUUCUUUUUCUAUCUUAGUACUGCACUGGAGUUGACAAGUAUGACAGAAAUGGGUACAAACUGAGGACACGUAUAUUAAUCCUAACAGAACAGGUACUGUUUGAGAAAAAAACAUCUUCUCCCUUUUCCUUACAUUUCAUGUCUGGUCCAAAGAGACCCAGUGGCUAAAUGGUCAGAGCACCAGACUCAGGAUGGAGUGGACUGGGUUCAAGACCUGGCCAGGUCACUGUGUUGUGUUCUUAGUGAGACACUUCUCUCUCACAGUGUCUCUCUCCUCCCAGGAAUAUAAAUGGUACUCAUGGGGAAUUGUCAGGGAAGCCUAGUGAAAUGCUGGGUGGUAACCUUACAGUGGACUUGCAUUCCAUCCAGGGGGAGGUAGUAAUGCUCUUAGACACUUCAUGCUAUGGAAACUAGAUAAAUAUUAUCAAUAUUGUUAGUAAUAUUAAUAUUGUGAUCAUCUUUGUUGAUCUGAUUUAACUUUUAUUAUUAUCACUAUUGGUACUGUUACUAUAAAUGUUAUUAUAAAGUAUUAAAUCCUUCAUAAGUUAUUAAAAUUAAUAUUGUUAUUAAUUAUAUAAUAAUUCUAUCACUUAUUUCACGUCUGUGAUGUGCUUGUUUCAUUGCAGGCAAUUUACAUUCUGGAUGACAAGACUUACAAGCUGAAGCAUAGAAUUACCAACAGCAGUUUGACAGGUGAGUGCAGUAUAUAUCUGAUUUGAAUGAUUAAAUGCUGCCUUGAAUUUUGCUCUGCCCCACCAAAUCAAGGCCACAUCUAAGAAUACCAUGCUUGUUUGGGGACUUAAGAUUCAUCUGUAACAGCUGCAGAAGUUUACUUUCCUCCAAAACAAACAGUUAAUCUGCAAGGAAUAAAGUUUUAAUAUUUGUGGAAGGAGGAAAUAGUAGAACGGUAGAGACCACAGAUUUGAAUGGAAUGUCAUGAAUCAGGGAUUCCAUGAAUCAGAGAUUUAAAUAGAUUAUUUUUAGAUAAAUUGCAAUUAGUUAUUAUGACUUCAGUGCUGUAGAUGCCAUCACGGGUUCAUAUUUUAGCAUGGGCUGUUAUAGAUUUGAAUCACAAGGAAAGUUUGGAGAGUAUCAAAUUAAGAUGUGUAAAAGUUACUUGCAGCAUAGGUAUUCUCCAAACUUCUCAAGUGCUUUAUUUUUUUGAUGAGCCUACAGUCAAAGCAUGGACCAAUUGUCUUACAAUAUUUUCAAUAUAGCAUUGAUAAUAUUGUAGUACGGGAAAUUCAAUAUGCUAUGCUUCAUAGGAAAAUAAUAUUUUUGAAUUGUGCUACAUUCUUAGGUAUUUCAGUCAGCUCUAAAACGGAUGGAGUUAUUGUUCUUCACUUACCAAUUGAAGGCAGAGGGGACAAGGUGAGCUUAAGCAUUUUAUGGAAAUAUUGAUUUUACCAUCAUUUGCACAGUUCUAGUCAUACUGAAGUGAAAUGAUUUUUUUUCAGGUUUAUCAUGUGUAAUCCACAGUGUCUUACCUGAUCAUCCCUUUUUCUCGUGAAUACUAACCCUUUAACGUCAAUGUAAAACAGAAAUACCUUUAUUGACACUUAAGUUCUUUAAAGUAUUGUGACAUAGUUCUUGAUCAUUUCAGGGUGAUCUUAUACUGACGAGCACUCAUGUCAUUGAAACAGUUGUUUAUAUCCUGAAUGCCCUGAACAACAAUCAGCUUCUCAAAAUUGAGACAGGAGAGUAAGUCUUCAUUUUUUGUUUGAAAAUCUAUUGCCUUGAGCACUGAAAAUCUUUUGACAACCGGGCAGAGUGUUUUUUGGUAGUGAUUUAGUUUCCUCCUGCUGAUCAUUCAGUAUAAAUAAAACAUUCUUACCAUUACAGUUAUCACCACUAUCAUAUUGCAUUACUUUAAUUUCCAUCAUUAUCAAUAUCAUGUUUAAUAUGAUUAUUAUGAUUAUCCAACUAGAAUUUUGGAAGCUUUUCUUAAGAAUUACCCCCAGUCACUCAAGUAAAAUCCUCAUCUCUGGCACUUUGCUUUCCAGCCCUCUUCCUUCAAUGUCAAGAUUCUUUGUUUUUAGUUUGAGGUUUGCUGUUCUAAAUAACACUGAAUUAAAAAUUUUUUUCUCACUCAGAAUAAAACACAACAUGGCCAAAGAUAAGACAGGGACAAUUUCAUUUUCUGAUGGGUAUGCUGGAUAUUUUCUAUCUUAUGUUGUGUAGAAACUUAAAAUAAAACUCUAACUGCAAAUUCUGUUUUGAUUAUUUUUCAGGCUUUUGUUAACAUUGACCUUGUAGUGGUUUGUAGGGAUAUUAAAUGGGGAAGGGGUUUGAGAGGUGGUUGAGGGCCUCACACUUCCGGUACUGUACCAUCCUGUCCCCCACUCUUUUUCAUGAAAUAUGGCAGAUUAACCAUAAGCAAUUUUCCGCGUUUUUUCAGUCCUCUCCCAGUUCUUGUUCCUUCUUCCCUCAUUUCCCUUAUGCUGUGCAAACCCCAUUACCGUAUUUCUUCACGUAUAAGCUGAGUGAUUUUUCAGUAUUUGACACAAAAGUUUGAAAAUUUUUUCACAAGAAACGGGAUUCAGCUUAAGCUGAAGGUUUGGGAUUCAAAACAAUUACAAAUUUAAUGUUAAUGCGAAAUGACCGUAAAUUUCGUGACUGCAGCGCUCUUUACGUGAUGUGCUUUUAAAUUGACAUGAUAACAACGUAUUUCUGACCACCAAUCAGAUUCUUUGCUUCCCACGCAUGGAAAGACGCCAAAAACCCUCCUCAUCGCACAUUACUUAUGAAAUAUUUGGUCUCUCUGCCGUGAAAGUCACUCCAUCGCUUGCUCGUCUAGUUCGGGACACUUGGGACUGAAACGGCCUAUUUUUACACGUUUUGCAGACAUCUUAAGCUUGCCAGAAAGAAUAGUCGCCUAGUCUCGUCUCCAGCGUCGCACCAUGGACUCGAUAAGUCCAUAAUCUCGAGCGAUUUCCGAGCUGUUUUAUACAGCUUCAGCUUCCGCGAUAACUUUUAUCCUGAAAGCUAUAGUAUACGAAAAGCGGCGUGCUUCUGGCAUGAUGAGAAAAAUAACAGUGACGAAAGAGAUACUCGAUUGAAACGUUUGUCAGGCUACAGUAACUGUUGUGUUUCUGCAGUCGCGUAGUAGUAUUUACAUCUUCACUGAUUCGCCUUUUUUUCUUUUGGGUUUAUUCUCAUUCAUUAGCUUUUGUGUUCAUUGAGCCAUUUCCCAAUUUUUUCCGUGCGAUUCGCACACUGAAAUGGUCGGUUAUAAUCAAGAAUUUCGCUCUCGGCUCAUAGCCGAUGGUUUUGCUUUUUCUUUUGGAUAACACGAGUCUGUUGGAAGGUCUCUAACUUUUAGGGUCUCGGCUCAUAGCCGAGGUCGGCUUAUAGGUGAAGAAAUACGGUAUCUAAGGUUUCUGUACCCCUGCUAUCCCUACUUAUUGAUAAACCUAUACAGAAAUGUGUGCCUCUGUAUGGAAUGGGACAUGUUACAUAUUAAGAAACUUUAAUAUCAUCUUCUUUCUUUAAACAUAUCUAUCAGAUGACUUAAGCUGAGAGAAAAUCAACAGAAAUAUCACUGACCACAUUUUACUGCGGUUGUUCAAGGAUUUGUGGCUGAUUUUAAAUUACAUCAGGAAGUUUUGGUUUAAAUUGUUAUCUUUGCCUUUUUAAGUUAUUUGUAAUUUUUUUUAUUUUAUAGCUCUGAGUUGUUUAUUAAAAAGGGACAGACUGGUAACUUGGAAGUGGUGAGUAUUUUCCAAAGUCUGUGACUUAAUGUCCUUGUGUCAGUCUUAAGAUCUUGAACUCUCUUUGAAAAAUAUUUCAUGAUGAUGUGUGUCAGUCUGAUGCUCCAUAUUGGGAGUUUGGGCAUGGGGCCAAUCACCUUACCUGGUAAAAUGUAUUAAAGCUUAAUUACAAAAAGAAAUAAGAUACUGAGGAUUACUGGUUAUAACUACUGCAGAACAAGGUUGCACCCAGGCCCUGGUUGGCUUGGUUAUUGUGUUUUUGUGUGCUGAUCCUGGGCAAGACACUGAUGUCAGUACCAUAUGAAAUUUAUGGUCAACAUUAUUGAGAAUAUGCGUACUGAUGUUAGGGUUUAAAGUGUUAACCCUUCUGCUCCUGAGGGUGUUCAUCUCACAGAUUCUCCUUUCAAUUUUGACACACUGUCAAUUGGACUGGUAAUGAGAGUUAAUGUGGGGGUAAUGUGAAACUUGAGGAACUGUUCUCGGGUGACCUUUGACAGAUCCAUAUCCCAUUCAGGGAAAGAAUCCACAUUAUUCCUAGUCACUCUACUGUAGAGAAAAAAAAAGGGAUAAGCUCAUUCACUUUUUGUUGUGUAAUGGCAAUUCACAAAAUAAGAUAUUCUUGGCCAAAGUAAAAGUUAUGGGAUAUUUGGCCUUAUAAAUGGCCUAAGGGCAUCCAUUUGGGCAAGAAAAGAAUGAUUGAGUCAGUAUGGCAGAUGUCAUACCAUCAGUGUAAAUCUCAUACCUGUUUGCUUGAAUCAAUGAAAGCUUUAACCCUUUGCUGUUGUUUUUAUAUCUUAGACUGCCCCAGUUCCCAAAACUGUGAAGUAGUCAGUUUGAUGAAAGCUGAUGGCUAGGCAAUGAUGAAAAUCCAUGAGAGCUGGUAUAAAAUAUGUCUAAAUCAUAUCAAUGUAUUUAAUGACCCCUCUGAAAAUGCUUCUUGGAAAAUUAUUAACUAAUUAUCACUAACAAAUAUUUUCCCCCUAAGUCAAAUCACUUUUAUAUGAAAAUCAAUUUGCACUUUUUAUAACAUUAUGUGGCCUUCCAGUGUACCAGCCAUUAAAUCUAGGCAUAUCUUGCAUGAUAGAGUACAAAAAGUGCUCAUAAGAACCUGUAAGACUAAAAUUUCCUAGUCAAGCACUCUUCACAUGAGAACCAUUUUAGGCUAAAAUCUCAACACAGGCUCUUAUUUUGGUAACAUAGAAAUUUUCAAAUAUAAUAUCAUACAUUACAUGCAAUACAAAAAAGGGUAACAAAAAACUAGCCAGAACACUGGCAGUGUUAUAAGACCUCAAUACUGUAUUGUCAAUACCUCUAUAGUGGCGUAACGCAUUCAACUGUGCGUGUAGGUUAACCAUGUAAAGCAGGGCGCUAUAAAGCUUGAAUAGCCAACAGUACCACACCCAUGCCUAAGAAUAUAAAUUGUGGUUUCUUUUUUUUUUGUUUUGUUUUGUUUUUAAUGAUAAAAACCUAGGUAACCUAAUUUCACAGAUAAAAACCAUUUAUUUAAGAACCUAUGGAGGUUGACUUGAAAAAACCUAGGUUUUUACUGUACCUGACUGUUUGAAUUUUAUUUUAAGAUGAUAUACAGAAUAUAUAUUUUGUGUCAGUUGAAUUGAAUUGUCCAGAUUUUUUUGAAUGGUAGUGUUACACUGAGAAGAAGAAAUUUAUUAUUGUGCAGUAACCAUGAUUGAAUUUUUGAUUCAUUAUCAGUUAUUUUGGCAAAAGUAAAUGGGAUAAAAAAGAUGAAUUACUGAUUUUUACAAGACACAGGUGCUAUGUUCUCUGCCUGAUUCACCCAACUUCACAGAUUUUAAACAAUAAGCCCUCAGUGUGACACUAAAAUGUUUCUCACCAUUCAUUUAGAAUAUUUCAAUUGAUACAGGAUUUGGAAAAAAAUUGUUUAAAACAUUGUGAACAGUUUUGAUAUUCAGCUUUACUUCACUUAACAGUCUUUUAAAAAUGUUCUCUAUUGCUUCAUUUUCUCUAAAGGGCACAGGUUGUAUUUUACAGUUUGCCAAAAAUAUUGGAAUCUUUCUACAACCUUGAGUAUUAAAAUGAAAAAUUACCCAAGUUUAUUCAUUGACUAACUUUGAGUACCUUAUUGUUAGUUGUAACAAUAUUAUGAAAAUAAAGAAACAAUUUAGGAAUACAUUACUUUUAUACCAG